GACGCCAGGCGUCGCUGCUGUCGAACCGGCAGCAUAUCGUUGAGUCGAACGUGUCGUGUGCCGUCGCUAUCGCCACCGUGGUCGUUGUCGUCAUCGUCGCCGUUUUUCAUCGAGCGGAUUUUCGAAAACCCUAGAAAAAGCCGAAGCUCGGUGGUUUCCCGUCGCCGAUCGGGGGGUGAAUAUUUUUGGUAAAAUUGUUUUUAACGUUUGCGUGCAGUUUCCCCCCGAUCGAAUCAACGCCCGAGCAACUCCCGGUCGUAGAACGGUCACGGAACGAUCUAGUGGAGAAGCAAGUGCGCGAGUACACGGGGCCACGGCUACGCGUUACGGCGAACUGCAACGAGUGGGGUUUGACGAGAGUUUGUGUACGGCCAUGCUCGCAACGGAAAAGCCAAUGUUUCGCGAGUGCGAGCAGGAGGAAAGCUGAAGAAGGGAAGGCGAGCUAGGCAGAGAACGCAAGCGGACCGAGGGAGGGCGAGUGAGUGAGAGAGAGAGAGAGAGAGAAACCCGGAAGAGAAGAGCGUCUGGAUCCUGGAGUAUCGUUUACGAUACGACACCGAGCCAUCGGAAUUGCGUUGAUCCAUUUGCACGAAAGAUCGCCGAGAAGAUUGGCCAGGGUGCGAAGCUGGACGAUAACCGUAGUAUGAGAGUAGAGCGGCACGCAGCGAGAAGGUCACGGAGGGAGGUUCGAAAGAGCUCAGUGCCGUAGCAUGCCGGCGAGCUGCAGCGGGUGGUGGGGCGUCUCUGAGAGAGCGCGUCGAUCGGCGUCGUCAGGCGUCUACUUGGGCGUCUGCGUGGUCAGGCAGGGGCCAGAGAAGCGUGCAUACGCUAGUAUAACAGGAAGAGGAGGAGGAGGAGGCGGAGGAGGAGGCGGAGGAGGCGGCGGAAGAGGAGGCGGAGGAAGCAAGAGGAAGCGAAGGAGAAGGAUCAGAAGAAGAAGAAGAAGAGAAAGCACGGCGGUGAUCGAGGCGAGGAGGAGGGACCGAUGAGCGCGGGGGGGGAUGGGGGCUCGGGGUUGGGCCCCCCUGAGCUGCCGGGGGCCCAGCCGACUGCCGCGACCCCCCCCAUCCUCGGGCAGCACCGGAACUCCCAAACUGCCCAGGACGGACAGCCAGCUACCGCGCAGUCUCAAACGGGCCAGACACACGGGACCAGCACCGGUGCCGCCAAAUCUGCCACCAAAAGGCCGGCUCGAAGGGGUGGCAAAGCGGUACCCGACAGACCACUCAGGGCUCUCUUUUGUUUACCCCUGAAAAAUCCCGUGCGCAAAAUGUGCAUCGACGUUAUCGAAUGGAAACCUUUCGAGUGGCUUAUUCUCAUGACGAUAUUCGCGAAUUGCAUCGCCCUGGCAGUCUACACACCGUACCCAUUUGGCGAUUCUAAUUUGACCAACCAGUAUUUGGAAAAAAUAGAGUAUAUAUUUCUUGUGAUUUUUACGCUCGAGUGCGUUAUGAAGAUCAUCGCUUACGGCUUCGUGGCUCAUCCCGGCGCUUAUCUUCGAAACGGCUGGAACAUAUUAGACUUCUCGAUAGUAGUGAUAGGAAUGGUGAGCACGGUAUUGUCGAUACUUAUGAAAGAAGGCUUCGAUGUGAAGGCGUUGAGGGCUUUUCGAGUGCUACGACCUCUCAGGCUGGUUUCCGGCGUACCAAGUCUGCAAGUAGUCCUAAACUCUAUUUUGAGAGCGAUGAUACCCCUUCUCCAUAUCGCUCUGCUGGUUCUAUUCGUCAUCAUUAUUUACGCUAUCAUCGGCCUCGAGCUGUUCUCCGGCAAAAUGCAUAAAACCUGCAGGCACAAUGUCACCGGCGAGAUCAUGGACAACCCAGUUCCGUGCGGACCCGGCGGUUUCCAGUGCGAUAACUUGGGACCCGAGUACUACUGUAGCAGGCGAUUCUGGGAAGGUCCGAAUUGGGGUAUUACGAAUUUCGACAACUUCGGCUUGGCCAUGUUGACGGUCUUCCAAUGCGUUACGCUCGAGGGCUGGACCGACGUGCUCUACAACAUCGAAGACGCGAUGGGAAGCUCGUGGCAAUGGAUCUAUUUCAUCUCCAUGGUCAUACUGGGAGCUUUCUUCGUCAUGAAUCUAAUUCUCGGUGUACUGUCCGGCGAAUUCUCCAAGGAGAGAGAGAAAGCAAAAGCGAGAGGCGACUUCCACAAACUCAGAGAGAAGCAGCAGAUCGAGGACGACCUGAGAGGCUAUUUGGACUGGAUCACGCAGGCCGAGGAUAUCGAGCCGGAAACCGACGAGCCGAAGAUGCAGGACGGCAAAACGAAACAACAGAACGAGAUGGAAAGCACGGAUCAGUUAGAGGGUGACGAGGAAGGGGUUCAACAAGAAUCGUUGUGGAGAAGGAAAAAGCUGGAUUUCGACAGAGUAAACAGAAGAAUGAGGAGGGCGUGCAGAAAAGCAGUCAAGUCGCAGGUUUUCUACUGGUUGAUCAUAGUAUUGGUUUUCCUGAAUACCGGCGUUCUGGCCACCGAACACUACAAUCAACCUCAUUGGUUGGAUGACUUUCAAGAGAUCACAAACAUGUUUUUCAUCGCGUUGUUUUCCAUGGAGAUGAUGUUGAAGAUGUAUAGCUUAGGAUUUCAAGGUUACUUCGUCUCGCUCUUCAAUCGAUUCGAUUGUUUCGUCGUGAUCGGCUCCAUCACCGAGAUGAUCCUCACGAAUACUCACGUGAUGCCACCGCUCGGCGUUUCCGUUCUCCGUUGCGUCCGGUUGCUCAGGGUAUUUAAAGUGACAAAAUAUUGGAGGUCGUUGUCGAAUUUGGUGGCUUCCCUUUUAAACUCCAUACAAUCGAUCGCGUCUUUGUUGCUUCUGCUCUUCCUUUUUAUCGUGAUCUUCGCCCUGCUGGGCAUGCAGGUGUUUGGUGGAAAAUUCAAUUUUAGCGAUUUACAGAACAAGCCCCGUCACAAUUUCGACAGCUUUUGGCAAAGUUUGUUAACCGUGUUUCAGAUAUUAACCGGCGAAGAUUGGAACGCCGUUAUGUACGAUGGAAUUAGAGCCUAUGGCGGUGUUGCAAGCUUUGGCAUGCUCGCCUGUUUCUAUUUCAUCAUUCUCUUUAUAUGCGGUAACUAUAUCCUACUGAACGUCUUCUUGGCCAUCGCCGUCGACAACCUCGCGGAUGCCGAAUCGUUAACAGCCAUCGAGAAAGAAGCCGAAGAAGAGGGAGAGAAGAACAAACCGCACAGUGCCUCGGCGAGUAGAGACGAAGUGAGCGGGGAACAAGGCGACGAUGGUGGCGAAGGAACCGGCGCGGAGGACGAAGGCGGUGGAACCGACCUCGAGCACGAUCCCAACGAAACGAUGGAGGAUUACGAGGCAGCCGUGGACACGGAAACGUCGGAGAAAAGCGACGAUACGAACAAUCACGCCAAGGUGCGACUCAACAUAGAAUCCGACGAGGAAGUGGAGGAAGAGGAGGAAGUCGAACACAACGAGAUGCACGAUGACGGCGCGGAUCACGAGGUGUCGGCUAGACCACGAAGAAUGUCGGAAUUCAACAUGGCUACGAAGACGGAACCGAUUCCAGCCGGUUCGUCUUUCUUCCUCUUCUCGCAAACGAACAGAUUUCGAGUGUUUUGCCACUGGCUGUCUAACCACAGUUACUUCAGCAACAUGAUCCUCGUAUGUAUCAUGAUAUCUUCGGCCAUGUUAGCGGCCGAAGAUCCUUUGCGCGCGUCCUCUUAUAGAAAUCAGAUUUUACUGAAUUUUGACUAUUUUUUCACCACGGUAUUUACGAUCGAGAUCUGUUUAAAGAUGAUCUCGUUCGGUUUUAUUAUACACGACGGUGCAUUCUGCCGGUCGGCGUUCAAUUUGCUCGACCUUUUGGUCGUGUGCUCUUCUCUCAUCUCUAUGUCUUUCAGUUCCGGCGCGUUUUCAGUGGUGAAAGUGCUGCGUGUAUUACGCGUGUUGAGACCUCUACGCGCCAUCAAUCGUGCCAAGGGAUUAAAGCACGUAGUACAGUGCGUCAUCGUAGCGGUAAAGACUAUCGGAAACAUAGUCCUCGUCACCAGCCUCCUGCAGUUCGUGUUCGCCGUCAUUGGCGUACAACUGUUCAAGUACGUAGUGAAGUGUGUGAUUGUCGCCAUUAAAACGAUCGGCAACAUUAUGUUGGUCACCUAUCUCCUACAGUUCAUGUUCGCUGUUAUCGGGGUACAGCUGUUUAAGGGCAAAUUUUUCUAUUGUUCCGAUGCAUCGAAAAUGACGAAGGACGAAUGCCAGGGUACGUAUCUGGAAUACGACAACGGCGAUAUCAAUAAGCCGGUGAUGAAGGAGAGAAGUUGGAUUCAGCAACGUUUCCAUUUCGACGACGUUGCGAAAGCGAUGCUUACGCUUUUCACCGUGUCCACGUUCGAAGGCUGGCCGUCAUUACUAGACGUGUCGAUCGACUCUAACAAGGAGGAUCAUGGACCAAUUCAUAAUUUUCGGCCGAUAGUGGCCGCGUACUACAUCAUUUACAUCAUUAUCAUAGCAUUCUUCAUGGUGAACAUCUUCGUUGGUUUCGUUAUUGUCACUUUCCAGAACGAGGGUGAGCAAGAGUACAAAAACUGCGAGCUCGAUAAGAAUCAGCGGAAUUGCAUCGAGUUCGCGUUAAAGGCGAAACCAGUGCGACGAUACAUACCGAAGCAUCGAAUACAGUACAAAGUGUGGUGGUUCGUCACAUCUCAGCCGUUCGAGUACACCAUUUUCACUCUGAUCAUGAUUAACACGGUGACCUUAGCGAUGAAGUUUUAUCGACAACCGGAAAUCUACACGGAAGCGUUAGACGUUCUUAACAUGAUCUUCACCGCGGUCUUUGCCCUGGAGUUUAUCUUUAAGUUGGCGGCCUUUCGAUUUAAGAACUACUUUGGCGACGCUUGGAACGUUUUCGACUUCAUCAUCGUUCUUGGAAGUUUCAUCGACAUCGUUUACUCCGAGGUCAAUCCUGGCUCCACCAUCAUUUCCAUCAACUUCUUCCGGCUGUUCCGAGUGAUGCGGCUAGUGAAAUUGCUGAGCAGAGGCGAAGGCAUCAGAACGCUUCUCUGGACGUUCAUCAAAUCUUUCCAGGCUCUGCCAUACGUAGCUCUGCUAAUUAUAAUGCUAUUUUUCAUUUACGCCGUGAUAGGUAUGCAGGUAUUUGGAAAAAUCGCGAUCGACGACGAUACGUCGAUAGACCGGAACAACAAUUUCCAGUCGUUCCCACAGGCGGUGCUGGUCCUGUUCAGAUCGGCUACGGGCGAAGCUUGGCAAGACAUCAUGUUGGACUGUUCGGCGCAGCCCGGUAAAGUGAAAUGCGACCCGAACAGCGACGAAGUGAAUAAUCAGAAUGGUUGUGGAUCCGACAUUGCAUUUCCCUACUUUAUAUCUUUCUACGUUUUAUGCUCGUUCCUCAUCAUCAAUCUGUUCGUCGCCGUAAUCAUGGACAAUUUCGAUUACCUGACGAGGGAUUGGUCGAUCCUGGGUCCUCACCAUUUGGACGAGUUUAUUCGUUUGUGGUCCGAGUACGAUCCUGACGCGAAAGGUCGUAUCAAGCACCUGGACGUGGUCACUCUCCUCAGAAAGAUAUCUCCGCCCUUGGGUUUCGGUAAACUCUGCCCUCAUCGCGUCGCGUGUAAAAGGCUGGUUUCGAUGAAUAUGCCGUUGAACAGCGACGGUACGGUGCUGUUUAACGCGACUCUGUUCGCCGUGGUGAGGACGUCGUUGCGAAUUAAAACCGAGGGAAACAUCGACGACGCUAACGCCGAAUUGAGAGCCGUGAUCAAGAAAAUUUGGAAGAGGACCAGCCCCAAGCUUCUGGAUCAGGUGGUGCCGCCACCCGGAGGCGACGACGAAGUGACCGUGGGCAAAUUCUACGCCACCUUCCUGAUCCAGGAUUACUUCAGGAGAUUCAAGAAGCGCAAGGAGCAAGAAUUGAAGGACGGUAAUAAGGAGAGCCACAACACCGUCACGCUUCAGGCUGGUCUGAGAACGUUGCACGAAGCCGGGCCCGAACUGAAGAGAGCCAUUUCCGGAAACUUGGAAGAACUGCUCGACGACAAUCCGGAACCUAUGCACAGGAGGAACCACUCGUUGUUCGGCAGCGUUUGGUCGAGUAUGAGGAAGGGACAUCACAAUUUUAACCGAGCCAGGUCGCUCAAAGUGAACUCCACGACUAAGGCUUCCCCGACAAACUCCAUAGACUUCCUGCCGUACUCGUCGCUUCAGAGAGGAAGCGGACACGACCCGCCGAAUCAGAUUACCGCGAGAUCUCAUCAAGUUGUGCCAAACGUAGCAGGCGGUUUGAGCGACAGUGCGAUGAACCAAAUGGGAAUGGAUCCUAAGCUCACGGGUAUCGAGGAGAACAUACCACUGAGACCAUUGGCCGUGUUCGGAAAUCCCGUCCAGCAGCAAUCCUAUCAUCACACACCUUACAAAGUAUUCGAAGCGCCUGUCCCACAGCUUACCCGGCAGUCCUGCCGAUCGGAAGCCGAACUUCGAGGUCAUCGGAAGCGCGGAAAGCUUGGUUGGCCGGGUUCUCGUGGAGCAAGGGCUAGGCAAAUACUGCGACCCGGACUUUGUCAGAUACACGUCGCGAGAGAUGCAGGAAGCGCUGGACAUGACGCGCGAGGAGAUGGACCGGGCGGCGCAUCAGCUUCUUCUGCAAGAGCGUCGUGGACAACCGCUGUCGUAUCAGCUACAACAGGGCGCAGACCAGCAAUGGACGCCGGCCUAUCAGCCGAUCCAGCAGAGCCAACAGGCGACAGGCAUCGGGUACCAGCCGCUGCAGGAGCAACAACCGUCCGGCCCGCGACCGUAUCGAUCGUACUAUCAAGGCAGAGGGCCAACGGCUGCCACUUCCGACCAAUCGACGCAACAGCAACAACCGCCGCCGUCUUAGCGACGCCACGACCAUCCCGUAGAUCGUGUUCCCAACUCGUUCGUCUAGUCGAACGAGAACCACUCUCGUCCCAGGUAUCGUCUAUCGUUUCGCCGAAAAUACGAGGCAGAUCGAAACCUCUGUAGGUGGUGGUGGUGGUGGUGGUGGUGGUGGUGAUGGAAUUCGAAGUGGAACGAGAAGCGGAACGAGGAGCGAAACGAAACGAAACGAUGAAGCACGUUUCGUCGAUCGAUACGUUGGUCGUCGUAGACGCGACGACUCUCCUCGAUUCGUUUGGCAGCUUUCGCCGCGGAAACGAGGGUUCCGCGUUUCCGCCGUUGUAGGAUUUGCGGCGUGAAGCGGGUCAAGAGACGUGGCGGGUGACUGUGGUAAAAAAAAAAAAGUGUGGCAAGAAAGCUUCCGACGCGGUCGAAAGAGGAUCGGCCGACGCAAGCAAUAAAGCAACGAGAGCAACGACCGAUCGCGCGUCGAUAGGAAAAGCACGUUCGGGGCUGGAACGCUGACCGCGAAAAGCGGCGGAAACGCUGCUUCCACAUCGGGAUAGCCAGGCUUCACGAUCAGGCGACACGAUCGCGAAUCGAACAAUUGGAAACGUUAGCGAAGACGAUGUUGGCGACGAAUAGAGCGCGCGAUCCUCUCGAUUCGAGCGAACGUGUCGCGUUUCGAGCUUCGUUGGUAGCGAAAAAACGAGACGGCGCGGAAACAGACGAGAAAAGAACUGGCGCGAAGCGAGACGCGACCGAUUAAAAUCCUUAUUGCUCUCGUUCUUAUCGUAAAACACUUAUUCCUUCGAUUACCGUUGUUUAGGAUAUAAUUGAACUCAUUAUUGCUCUUCGUACGAUGGAUUACUAGAUGAGAUAACAAGUGCCUAAGUAUCUGUAACUUCUUUCGGACCAGAGAAGACUUUUAUCAACUUAGACAAAGUACUAUUACCGCGAAUUACGAAAACAUGUUGCGAGUGUGUAUGCUACGGUAUUGUAACGAUAUAUGUAUAUACGCAUACAUAUAUAUCGUUAUAUAUAUUUUACACACGCACAUACACACGUUCACGCACACGCCACACCACACGCAUACACACGCACACGCAUACAUGUUAAAACAUUACACACGUACACACACAUAAAGUCAUUGUUAUUAUUAUUGCUAUUAUUAUUAUCAUUAUUACUAUUAUUAUUAUUAUUAUUACUAUUAUUAUUAUUAUUAUUAUCAUUACUAUUAUUACUACCAUUAUUAUUCGUACGUACUUGUACAUAUACGUUGCGGGUAUAAUAAUUGAUGCGCGAGGAUGAAUGGCCGAUAAACGCGACUGCCGCGACAUUCGUUUGUACGUCGGAGGAUGAACCGGUGUACGCGCACGAUCCGUAAAGAACAACUUUAAAUUGCUUUAAAUACGCCGCGAUCCCCAGGCAACAGCCGAACGAUCGCCGGACGAUCGAACGAUGCUUCUAUUUACACUUACGCACCGAUCCCGAUAUUUCUACUUACGGUAGCACGCGACUCGAACGCAGCAGCCAGACUCGAGUUUCGUUUUCGCAGCUCGCUGUCACGUCUCGGUCCGCGUAAUCUUCUCAUUCCCGGCUCCCGAUCGUUCAGAUCUCCAAGUGUCCAUAACUCACGCGUAACGUCUACAAUUCUUGCGUACAACUCCAUCCUCUGCUCCUCUCCUCUAAAAUUCCCAAUUUUUACGAAUUACGUCCCAACGAAAUUUCCAGCCGCGCGCGCAUAUCGUCGUAGGCGCAUGCGCGUAUCUACACACUGACGCGUGUGCGCGUGCUAGGGAGGGCCUGCCCGAACGGACAAACCGAAGCGCGUGUAAUCGAAUCGCCAAUUUACGAACCUCGUGGCGAAACUUCUUCCACAGAACCGGUUCAUUUGCUUUCGGCGAUAAAUCAACGCGCGAGUUGUUUUUUUUUACGAUACCAGUCCCAUAACGUUAGAAGCAACGCGUGCGACCAUUGGAACGCAUUAUUUAAAAAAUUAAAAUUAUUAAUAAGGAUCGUUUCUGUCGCACGAGCCUCUCGAUUAUUCGACGUUUUUCGUUUCCACUAAUUAUACAGCUGCCUCCGCAGAUCUAUCGGAGUACGCAUAGUUGGCUAUAGUCUACGUAUUAAUUAGGUAUAUGACGUGGUCAAGUAACGAAUCGGUGAAGAGUGGCAGUCGUUCCCUUACACGCACAAAGUCAUGCAACGACGUGUCGCGUAAUCGUCGAUCUUUCGUCCGAUAGUUGGCCAAGCGAUUAUCGGCAAAUUUCGCGUGCUCGCGUUCCUUGCGAAAACGCGAUAUCCGAAGCCAGGGGCAGGCGCUUGGACGACGAGCGUGAAGAGUAUCGGAUUCGAUCGGAGGAAAGAUUGGAUAUCGAGCAAAGAGAUUGGGUCAGCAUCCCACGUGUAAUUAUUAUAUCCGUGUUUUGAUCCGAGUAACUCUCGACGUUCAGUCGUAUUUUGUUUCGUUCGAGCAUCGAUGCGUAUGAAAAUACGUUCGAUUACAUUUGCGCGAUUAAUUCGCGAAACGAGCAUACGGUUUUCUAGGUUGCUGGUUACAAUAACGAGCACUUUCGGUUCGCAAAAUAUAAUCGAAUAAUCGUAUUUUGAUACAAGAAACAACUCUAAUCGGCUAACAUCGAUCUUGUGGUUCGUUAAUAAUCGCGCGAAAUAAAAUAUUUCGAUACGUGUGCGCCCAUGUAUUAAAAGCUACACGGAUUAAAGCACGUGUAUGUUAGUUACACGUUGAAAACCGCGACCUCUAGAACCGAGUAAACGAAACAAAAAAGGAAAGGAAGGAAAGUGGAAGACGUCCAAUAGAUACGUGGUUCUGCGGAUAUUCCACCGACUGAUUACGCCAUUUUGCGCAUCGAAAAUCCUAUACGCGCCGAGAAAUUUCCGAUCAAUAUUUCGGAUCCACUGUGCGUGUAGCUUGUUUAUGAAAACGCCAUAACGUAGCGAAAGUGUUUACCGACGCGCGACCGGGUACGUUCGAUCCGGGAAUCGACGCGAGAACUUGAUUCGAAAACGAUCGUGAUGCAACUUGGAAUACUUCAUCGUGAACGCUCGGUACGUAGAUCGUGCGAAGCGAUGUCACGGAUUUUUAAUCGAAGACAAAAGUACGAUCAGAAUCCACCGUUCUUCGUUUGAAUGCAUCCUCGAGAAGAUUAAAGCAGAAAAGCGUGGCGGAUGUGGUUGUCGAGAACGUAUCGGAAUCAUCGAGGAAGCCCGAAACGAUCAACGUCGUUCGAUCUCUCGUGUACCUUGAAAUGACUUCGACAAUAAUCUUCAUCGAUGAUAUUUCUCAGAACCACGUUCUCUGGAACUCCUCUCGACGCCAUUUCGAUUCUAAGCGUUCUACCUUCGACUCGUCGCAAACGCGUUACCCACUUUAUCGCGCUUUACGUUUCUCCGUGUUGCGUUUCUUUUCCGCUCGUCCGAUUCGAAAAACAGAAACCAUCUCCUUUCUUCUUAUAUCUUUCGUUCGUUUACGUUCGUUUAUUAGAUGUCGAUAUUUACGGCCGAUCUUUUUACGUAUAUGUAUAGUAAAUGGUAUUGUAUAUUCAUGUACGCAUUCGAGUAAGACAUAAGAAUACGUUCGAAGAGCCGCGGCCGACGCGAGCCCUUCGUCGACAAGGGAACCAAAGAAAACUAAAACGAUAUUUAAAAUGAAACAAGCAAACAAACAAACAAACCGAAGGACACGUCUUUGGACAUUUUCUUAGGAGUACGAUAAUAUAGUAGGUACGUGGUGUGUGUGAGGAGCCGAGACAAGUCGGUGUAAUAACGCGCGCGGCUUCGUCCAAUCGGUAAUAAAGAGCGAGGGAAUAAAAGAGAGCAAUUUCCGUGUGUAUCAGAUCGAGAAAAAUCGAACAGACGGUAAAAACGGAUAUAGAAGAUCUCGAAUAUUCGUACGAAGCGACAUCUGCCACGAUGAGUCGCGCACGAUAUUACUAAUCGUCCUAAGGAUGCUACUCGCGUUAUAUAUAGUCGACCUUUCGUAUUCGUUUUUUCCAGCGUCUUUUUAACAAUUAUGUAUUUGUCUAUAGCGAUCUUUUUAUACUGUUGUAAAGUGGCGUUUACACCGAUCCGUAGAAUAUACGCGUAGAAGAAAAAAAUUCUUACCUUUAAAUCGUAAUGUCGGAUUAAUAGCGGCGCGCGAUAACCCGUUGUCGCUUAAGUGUUUGAUAGACGCGUUUAGGAAGACCAACGUUUUCUAUGUUACGAGACUGACGAUCAUUGAAGCGUAUGACGUAUGUAUAUACUAUACACUAUAUACUGAACGAGAGGCAAGCGACGCGAAACUCGCGGGAAACCAGUCCUUUAAAUGCCUUCCUCUUCGGUCUCGCUAGCCUUUGCGGCCCAGUGAACCCAACUUACUCGUUCAUCGUGCCACUACUAAACACUUUACAUGCACCAUACACAACCGGUAUUGACCAUCUUUUAUGAUCGAAACGGUCAGCGAUCGGAUAAAACGUUCGACGCGCAAGAUUCGCGUUUCUAACGGCGCAAGUACGAUCGCUCGUCAUUCAACACCUAAGUAAAUACUUACUUACGAUCGCUUCGCUGUCGAAAAAUCCAAUCCGUGUAACGAACCGUGUAUCCAACGGUUGCAAUUAGAAUCAUAUUUUACUGUCCUAGCUCGUUAGUGUACACCGAAGAAUCGAAUAACCGAAAUUGAGAAGAAACCCAAGAUAAAAUAAACAAUCGAUCGAGCUUUCCAGAAGAUCGAAUCUUGCACUUCGACGCGUUUUUACCCGUGCUACCGAUCUCGUGGCACAGCUUUGGCACUCACACACGCUACUUGCACCGUUUAUUUUUACUAAGACGUUCUUAUAUCGGCACGGUAACGAACGAUGCUCGCGUAAACUUAUCAUCGGUUUUUAGGAAACACACUCGACGCACGUUGACAAAGACGCUUCGAUCAUCGAUGUUCGAUAACGAAGGAUGACGUGAUUUCUCCCUCGUUUUGUUUGUCUACAUCCGUUACGUAAUAACAUUCUUUAAAUGUCAACUGGCGAAUUUCUCUGUUUUAAUUUUCAAAAGUUUACGCUUCAAAACUCACAUUUAUAAAUUUUAUUCAAAUGUAUAUCGGUUAAGUGGAAUCUUUCAAUGCUAGUUAUGUCGAAAACGUGACUAGAUGUUUCGAUUGCGCCAAACGUCAUUCGAUUCUCAGAUCGAUUCCCCGUUACUACUUGGUUUCACUUGUUUUUCUUAUUUAACGACUAUUAUUAUUAGAAGUAACGAUCUUGAGAAGCAAACAUUCGGAACUCUGUAAAUCAGAUGACGAUCUACGAACUAUCGGUAACCGGUUAUACGAAUAAUACAGUUGCAUUACGAUACACAAAUAAUACGCAUAAUACGAUUAAAUAUGGUUUAACGACUAAUGCGAUGAUAAAGUUCACAAUACCAAAAAUAAGGUAAAAUUUAAUGAAAUACAUCAUGCAAAUUUAUGUGGCUAACUCUAUCUAGCUAAGUUUAACCAUCUUCGAUUCGAUCGUUUCUCUUUGUUGCUUAGUUCAUAAGUAUAUCUUCUGUAACGGUAUUAUUUGUAUGUUCCGAUGUUAGAACCGAUAGGAUCGUAACUUUUACAUUUUCCGAAGCUCUGUUCGCAAACGUUCAAGUCGAGGAAACAUGCUCCUAUGCCAGAUCUGGUGACCUAUGUAUCUCGCUGAAAAAAAAAGAAAAAAAGAAACGGGUAGGAACUAAUACUUGCGCAUUUGUGACUCUCGUUAGUCCAUUAGGAAUUUUACAGAGUUAAGACCCACAACCUUAAGAUGCACAACCAACAGACGCGCACACGAUAAUACUGCCGUUUUUCUUUUUCCAUUUUGGCUCCUUUUCCGCUUCCUACUCGUGUCAAGAAACGUUCCUCUUUUACACCUAUUUCCGUAAACAGUCCUCGAUGAUUUGUAGCGCACGAUGAACAAAGACAUCGUUUAAAAAAAAAAUGAUUUUCCAUUUCACCGUCGGAACAAAACCAUAUAAAUUACACGCAAUGGCGGAGCAUAGUUUGGAAACAUAUGUUGAUUUUUAUCGCACGCUACAAAACUGUCCGUGUCUUCGAAAAAAGUAAAAGAAAAAAAAAAAGAAAAAAGAGAAAUGGAAAGGGGAGAAAAAAAUACAUGGUGCAACUCGAAACGGGAAUCCAAGUUUCUUUUUGCACCAGUGACACUUAUAGGAAAAGAAAUGCGACACUUGCGUUUGCGAGAAGCUAGACAACGCAACUUAUUUGUCAUACGAAUGAGUAAAAAUGAAGAAACAAGCGUCUCCGUGAUCGUAAAGAAUCAUCGGUCACUCUGCGUUUACAUUUCUUUCGAAGAAAGUGUCGAAAGGCACGUAACCAAGCAAGUUAAGAAUCCGAAACUCACUUAGCCACUAGGCUUACGCUUUACGGUAUUCAUAUUUUUUUUCUCUAUUCUUCAAACACGCGAAGAUUUAUCUACGAUGAACCUCUACGCUCGAUACUUUGCUUCGUUUACUCGAAACAAAUCGACCCUUUCGUCCAAUGUGAUUUCCAAGAUAAUUAACUGAGAUUUUAAACCGGUUUUGGGUAAAGCGAAAUGUUGAGCGCAGAUGCAUUCGAAUGCUAAAUACGUGCAUGUGGUUCCGACAUUGUGUAAACGAGACUGGCGAGAACGACGAAGGAACUGCAUGGACAGUAUUCGCUGCAUAGAAAGGAACUAACACAAACAAUUGUUGUUGUUAAUGUUGUCAAAAAAUGUGUCAAAUUAAAAAUAUAAGAAUUUCAAACAUCCCA